AUGGACCACCAUUGCCCUUGGACGUCGAAUUGCGUCUCGCAUUUCACAUUCCCUCAUUUUGUACGGUUCCUCUUCUAUGCAGUGACGGGAAUGAGUUACCUCGAGACAUUACUCUUUGAAAGAGCGUCCAUUGUUUGGGCUUCGAGGAAGUUACCAAGUUACCUGGGCCCAAGUGUAAUGCAGCUGGCACAUCUCUUCAUUCUUCUUGUAUUGAACAGUUUGACGGUCUUUGUGUUGCUCAUUCUUUUGGUUCGGACACUGUAUAGCUUGGGUUCGAAUACAACUACGAUCGAAUCGUGGGAGAUCGAGAGACAUGAAACGUUAGUCCGACGAGCACGGCAUUUUGGUGGCUACCUGGAAGGACCAGGUGGCACCAGCGUGCGUAUAAGGAAACAGGAAUUUCCAUAUGAUAUUGGAAUCUGGGCGAAUAUCAAAGCUGGAAUGGGCGAUAGUGGAAAUGUCAUCAGCUGGUUUUGGCCACUUGCAAGAACACCUGACCGCACAACCGGGCUACAGUACGAGGUGAAUGACUUUGAAGAACCAGAUGUUUCGUGGCCCCCUCCAGAUCCAGACCGAAUCCCAAUACGCUCGGGACGGUACAGGCCUAACGAAAUACCCAUUGGAUCCGGUAGUUUUGGACGCGAUGAAAUCGAGGCCUUCAAACGUCGAAAAGCGGAAGACUUGAAACGCCCAAGGUUUAACUCUGGAAUCCAACGCCGAAAACGUUUCCAUAAUCGGUUUGGCAAGGAUCUGAACGAUGUUGAUCCAUUCCAUCAGAUAGAGAGAGCUGGGGAUGAUGACCAUGAUGAUGGCGAAGAAGCCUGGAAAAAUGCUGACGGAGAACGGUUACGUGAUUUUGGCGUGGACGAAGACAUCGAGUUCUAUGACGAAGAGGAUAUUCCAUUGGGCAUUCUACUGCGACAACGGGCCCAAAGGCAUCACUGA